AUGCGUUGGAGCAAAAGUUCGACUUUAUUAGGAACCUUUCAGCAGCAGCAUAGCAAACAAAUGUCUGUAGAGAGAGGCCGUGCUGAGCCCAAAUGUAGGCCCAAUGAGCUGGAAAACAUCGACGAAGAAAAUGUAGCAGAGUGGGCGCCCGUUGUGUGCCCACAGCCGGAGACACCAACUGAGUCCAUGGAGUUCUUGGCCCGAUCAUGGAGCGUCUCGGCACUGGAGCUGUCCAAGGCCCUCGGCAACACCAAACAAGACGAGGGACUAUCGAAUGUUCAGGCUCAACUUGGAUUGAGCCUAGCUAAUAAGGCUUUAUUACCCUCAGAAAGUCAUGCAGAGUCUGCAAGUGUUGGUGAAGACGCCAAGUUUUACAGGAGCAUGAUGAAGCGAAAGAGCGCGGGCCGUUGGGUGAAGGACCAGCGGGAGAGGAAGAAACAUGAGAUACGGGCCCACAACGCCCACCUCCACGCCGCCGUCUCUGUGGCCGGCGUGGCGGCCGCCGUGGCCGCACUGGCUGUAGGAAAACAAGGGAUUGCGACGCCAGCGGCGGUGGCAUCGGCGGCGGCUGUGGUGGCGUCCCACUGCAUAGAGAUGGCGGAGGAGAUGGGGGCGGAACGGGAGCACAUACUGUCGGCGGUCAACUCGGCGGUCAACGCCAGGACAAAUGGCGACGUCAUGGCCCUCACUGCAGGGGCGGCUACAGCUCUUAGAGGCGCGGCUAUACUGAGGGCGAGACUACAGAACGAGCAUGGGCCCGCAACCAUUACAGAGAAUUUUCGGAAGAAUAACGUUUCCCUCUCGCUAAAUUUCGUCUCCAAAGGCGGUCACCUUCUCAAGCGCACUAGAAAAGGGGACCUGCACCGGAAGCAAGUCUCUGUCAACAUAAAUUCAAACUGGCAGGUGGUGGCUAAAAUGAAGAGCAAGCACAUGGGAGGGACAUUCACUAAGAAAAAGAAAUGCGUAGUUUCAGGUGUAUACAGUGAUAUUCGAGCAUGGCCUGGACGAGAAACCGAGAUGUCGUCGUACUUUGCGGUGCAAACAGAAGAGAGAGUGAUCGAGUUCGAGUGCAAGAGCAAAGGGGAGAAGCAGAUGUGGGUUGAGGGCAUCCAACAAUUGCUGCACUUAAUUUGCAUUUGA